AUGAUUGAGAACCGCCCGAAGGCCGGCGAAACCGAGGAGGACCUGCUGCGCCUGCAAGCCGAAUUUGCGCAAUCUCAAAAGAAAUGCUCCGUUCAAGUGAAUCGUGUCCAGCGAGGCGCAGAGAAGAAGCCAAGUAGAACUGCUGAUCCGCCAGCAGCUUCUCAGCCACCGCCACCUCCAUAUGCGCAACGCCUUGGCGCCGAGCGAAAUUUCACGGAGGGCGGCCGCUUUACGCUGAAUCUGGACACGGUUGCCGAGGAGCACUUCCAGCGUCAAGUGCUCUUCGGCGUCGAGGAGCGACACGCCGACAUCUUGACGGGCACCGACCCGUACCUCCGCUUUUCCACAGAAAUGGCGGCCGGAUACUCGAAGGAUGAUGGCUUUCCGGAGGUUCUGAAUCUGGCUCCAUACUACAACAAAAGCGGACCACGGCGUCCGCCAAUUGCUGGGCAGAGCUUCUUCGCCAGCGAAUUCGACCGUAUCCAUGGCAAAAUUCAAGAAUCCAUCUACAUCCCGGAUGAGGUGGCCUCAGAAGAGCAACCAUCAACCUCGGAACCUUUCGACGCCGAGAACCAGUCGCGCUUGGCGGCGAUGAGCCAGGAGGAGAUCAAGGCCUCGCUCAAGGAGAUUGAGGAGAAAUUGGACCCGAAGCUGAUCGAAUUUCUCCGCAGCCGCAGCAAAGCCAAGAGCAGCAACCAACGCGAGGCGAAAGAGGAAUCAAAACCAAAAAAAUCUCUAUUCAAGCAGCAGCGAGAAAAUUGCGUGCCGGAAGCGGAAGCGAAGAGCGAGCCACCAAUCGCGCCGAAGCUGUCCGACAUGAUCAAGCAGUUAGAAGUACUUGAGGAAUGGCGGGAGGACGAGAACUAUCAUCGCUUGGCGGCGGAUGCCGUCCAGCUGGACUUGCUGUCAAAGUGCGCCCAAAAGGUGUUGCCCCGCCAAGCUCAGCAGGCCACCCGCCUCUUCGACACGCUCAAACCGGCACCAGGAAGCGAAAAAGUUGACGAUCCCCUGCUCCACAUGGCCCAAAAUGAGCUCGAGAACAUCAAGGAGCUCUACCUGGAGGAAGUACGCGACGGAGACAAAUCGGUGCUGCAAUUCGCCAACGGGCUCAACCCGGUGGUCGACGGGGCUUGGAUGUUGCGACCGAUUCGAUCCGUGCUCGACGCGAUGCAGGCUGGCGAGAGAACAGCAACCCCGGAAGACGUGGAAAUCGUUCGUCUGGCGCUGUUGUGGACGCUGCUUCUCUUCAGUGAACGCCCGACGCUCUUCCAUACGAUGGUCGACCCGAACGAUUUGUACGUGCGGUUGAGCGAGACGUUUUUGAUAGGACCGGAAGUGUUCACGGAUAGCGUCAUCGACGAGAUUCUGGCCCGACUCUUCACCGGAUUUUUGCUGCCGUUGGCUGAGAAGGGACGACUGAUGUUGCGGCUGGAGAAACCGGUGGCCGGCCUUGAUGCUUUUAUGCCAUUCUACGAGGAGCUGCUGACGAGAUUCGACGACUUUUCGACAGGCCAUGUUGGAUUUACGAAGUACCUCCUUCUCGGCAGCUACGGUAACAACUCGCUCUCCGAUGCCAUACAAUGCCAAGUGGCCAUGUGGAGUAGUCGACGAAAAAUUGUGCGCCAGGCCACCGCCACGGCUACGGAAUUGGCUCAAAUCGUCAACCUGGUCAAAACGACACGCCCAUUCGUUGCCGACAGUUGCGAGGAUGAGUUCUACGUCCAGUACAGCAUGCUACUCUCGGAAUACGCUGGGGCUCUGCGCUCCGGUACCGUAACCCGCGAUCGGAAUGGGGGCGUCUUCCAGCUGGCGGCCACCGAGCUCGGCUCGUUUGUGACUCGGCAUACAAAUCGGUCUGCUGCGGACCCGAAACGCGUUCAAGAAUUCGACAUCCUCGUCACGGCAAUCCGAGAAGGCGUCAAGGAGGUGCUCAAUUUU